AUUGAAAAAAGUGCAGAUGGCUGCAGCAGCAGUUGUGACAUCAUCAGAUGACGUGAAGCAUGAAGCAGAAUGAGAUUGGUGUUAUCCUCAACAUCUCAUUAAUAAUUGCAGAACCGAAUCCUGUGAACAAUGCCAUUGCUUCAAGUCGCAACACCACUUCAGUUACUCUGAGUUGGGACAAACCGCUUGACUCCAAGCCUGAGUAUACCUAUAAGGUGACACUGAGUGGACAUCUCCCAAUUAUGAUAACUGGUACUGAAUUCGUUACUGUGGCACAACUAAAUCCUGGAACUGGAUACACAUUCAGUGUGUUCACACUGGCGGCAGAUAAUACAUCAGCAGAUCCAGUCUAUGUCUCUUCUACUACAGUUCCUUCCAAGCCUGGAGCCAUUGCCGUGAUGGCCUUAAGCAACAUUUCCAUCUCCUUGAGCUUAGGGAGACCCGUGGACAUGGGGGACACCCAGUACAACUUCAGCAUCAUAUACGGGUCUGCCAGCAGUUCUGAUGUUUCCUUCAAUGAAAUUACAAAUUCCACCAAAAUCCAAGAUCUGCAGUCUGGAACCAAUUACACCAUUUCUGUGACCACUGUUGUUCAAGGUGGAGUGAAGAGUGAAGCUGUGGUUCUAAAUCAGUUUACAAAACCGAAUCCUGUGAACAAUGCCAUUGCUUCAAGUCGCAACACCACUUCAGUUACUCUGAGUUGGGACAAACCGCUUGACUCCAAGCCUGAGUAUACCUAUAAGGUGACACUGAGUGGACAUCUCCCAAUUAUGAUAACUGGUAAUGAAUUCGUUACUGUGGCACAACUAACUCCUGGAACUGGAUACACAUUCAGUGUGUUCACACUGGCAGCAGAUAAUACAUCAGCAGACCCAGUCAAUGUCUCUUCUACUACAGGUAAAGACACCAAUUGUUUUAAUAGGAGCUUCUCUCUGACCAAGGUAGACUGCUUAAUCUGCAGCAAAUCAUAUAAUCAUGUCUUUAAAUAG